CUCUAUGCGCUGUGCAUGCUGUGGUACUAGCAACUGUAGUUAAAAAACGUGAGUAUGUUUACCAGGCUUGGAGGAGGGUAGUUUUAUUGAUUGAAUUUCAAAGAUUAUCACAUGAUUGUGGUGCACAAGUGGAUACAGUUUGUUCAACCAUUGGUGUGUGUGUCAACCUUCACUCCAGCCAAACUGAAUGUUAACAAAAGAUUGAGAGGUUUAGGAUUUGUCCGUGGUCCUUGUAAAACAACCAUGGCACACUCAAAGCGAGGAUUGACAACGUCUUGUCCACUAACUGCACCAAAUCUGGCAGGUAUGACGGAGCUGAAUCGAGAUGCAUUUAAAAAAACUAUACAAGUGCCAUCAAUCAAGGUCAACAAGAAGCUUAUACAACAGUGCAUGAAAGUUUAUAAGCAACGGAAGUUCUACAGAAAACAGUUAAGCGCCAUUCGCGAUAUCCCCGACGACAGCGAAAACAAGUUUGUGAUGCUUGACCCCGAAAAGAUUAAAGAGCUAAAGUGCAUGACUCCCGAAGAGCGUGCUUUUAUCAAAGAAAAUGAAGUGGAAGAGAAAAUUUACAAGUAUGAGCUGGAGUUGUCAUAUUGGAACUGGACGUACGAUGAAGUAAUUCAAGCCAUUCUACCUGCAGAUGUCGUCGUGGCAACAAGUUUUAGUAGAAUAGGUCACAUUGCCCAUAUGAACCUAAAGCCCGAACAUGACAAAUACAAGCAUAUUAUAGGUCAAGUACUCAUUGACAAAACACCUGGAAUAACAACUGUUGUGAACAAGCUGAGUGAGAUCAACAAUGAGUUCAGGUUCUUUAAAAUGGAGAUUCUCACCGGUGAAUCAAACAUGAUUGCUUCCGUCAAGGAACAUCAUUGUCAGUUUGAAUUUGACUUCUCCAAAGUAUACUGGAAUCCCAGGCUUGCUACUGAGCAUGCUCGAAUCACAAAGCUUGUAGACCGUGGUGAUGUUGUGUUUGAUAUUUUUGCAGGCGUUGGGCCAUUUGCGAUCCCCAUGGCGAAGAAAGGUGGUAUUAUCUUUGCUAACGAUUUAAACCCAGAAUCAUACCGAUGGCUGGUGCACAACAGUAAGCUCAACAAAGUCGAGAAACGUUUAACCACAUUCACAAUGGAUGGCAGAGAAUUUAUCAGGAAGGUCGUUAAAGAAGAACUAGUUGCAAUGGCAACCAAAACCAAGCCGGAGUAUGAACGCGAGCGUAAUGUUCACAUCGUGAUGAAUCUUCCUUCGUCUGCUCUUGAAUUUUUGGAUGCGUAUCGAGGACUUGUUAGCGAUGUAUCAGACAUGGUGCAAAGUCAAUUGCCCUUGCCAACUGUUCAUUGUCACUGCUUCUCCAAAGAAGUGAAUGCUGGGAUGGACGUUCUACAGAGGACAUCAGCGAUUCUAAAACACAAAGUAGAUACGGCAGUUGUGCAUGAUGUACGGGAUGUAGCACCCAACAAGGAAAUGAUGUGUGUGACGUUUAAGUUGCCAAGAGAUGUACUGACACAGGGAAUACCAUUAGAUUACCAAAUAAAAAAUGGACCAGUUGGAAAGAAGCCUAGAUUACUAUGAGGCAAUCUCACUGCAACAAAACAGAGAACACUAAUGUCAACCAGCUGCAAAGAAGCCUGAUUAUUACGGUAUGGUAUGAUGCAACUUUACUGCAACACAACAGAGAAAGUCAACAACAUUGAACACUUGUUAUGUAAUACACAUACUGUAUCUUCAUCUUUUUAUGAAGUUUUGUAAAGUCAAAAAUGGGUAUUAAUUAUUGCUAAAGUAAUGCAAGAAUAUUGAUAAAUUAUUAUUACUAUUACAGUAUUUUUAAUAUCAUACUUUUGUUUAUAACUGAUCUAUUGACAAUUAUUGACAUUUUGAUUCAUUAUUAUAAACAAGAAUGAUUAUUAUACGGAUGCUAAUAUAACAAAUGUUUUGUAAUUAUGUAAUGUUUUGGGUGACCACUUGCUACUAUAUGCUACUUCCAAUUACAGUUGAACUUGCCUAAUUUUGAAUCCAAAUUGGCAUUGAAAAACCUUUCGACCUAGAUAAAAUUUGACUUACAAAUCGUUAAUUAAUGGAAAACACAUUUGGCAUGUAAAAUAAGAUAAUACAGUGUUUGAGUUAAGCAAAGUUGACUUAGGCAAGUUUAACUUUACUAAAUGUAAAUGAGAUUCUUGUACUUUGGUAGAAAGCACAAUUUUAACUGACCUAAACAAAUUCUUUCCCCAUAACCCCCACAGUGGCGUAUCUAGGGGAUGCACGCCUCUCCUAAAAUUACUGUCACCCCCCCCCCAAAAAAAAAUUACUUGCAAGUUAGUUAA